AUGAUUGUGUGGGGAAUGAACGGGAAAGCGUUAUCACCGGAUCAUGGGUUCCCUUUGAGGGUGGUCAUUCCGGGUCAGAUCGGCGGGAGAUCGGUCAAAUGGCUUAGGAGCAUCGUGCUUCACUUCUUUGACAAUAGGAUACUGCCCACGCAAGUGACCGCCCAACAAGCCCGCGACGAAAAGCACUGGUGGUACAACAGGAAUUAUUUAAUCAGCGACCUCAACGUCAACAGCGCUAUAGCCCAGCCCAGCCACGACGAAAUAUUGGACCUCUCCAAGUCAACAGCAUCGCGGACGAAGAGUCACGCGAGUGGAGAUCUCGCUGGACAACGGCAAGUCGUGGAAGAUCAGCGACAUGUAACGAUUCCCGAUCCAUUUCGUACCGAAUGGCCCACUGACCGUAACGACGAUUUUAGAGUGUAUCCAGAGGAUCUGUAUCGAAUGGUGGCACUUGAGAGCAGGUAUUACGGAACGCUGGACUUGACUGAGCGUGACACUAGUUUCUGCUGGUGUUUCUGGAAGUAUACCGUAUCCGUCGAUGAGCUCUCGAAGAGUGAUGUGAUAAUGGUCAGGGCUAUGGACCAAGGUCUCGGAAUUCAGCCACAAGACAUGUACUGGACCAACUGGUGGUUCCGCGUUGCUGUCCACCACGAGGUCAAGGACGGUGCCGAUAUUUUACGCUUUGAGCAUCCGACAUUAGCCGGCGUUACUCCUGGAGGAUGGAUGGAGGCAAGUAUGAAUCAUUCUUUGCCGAAAAAAAACAAAAAGCUCACUACGUCGCAGCGAAUGAAAAAUACGGGCUUGAGUCCUUUAACACCGGAAUUCAGUGCUUCCAAACAGAAAAACAAUCCCGUCGAACCUCCCAAAAAGCCCGCACCCGCCAGCAUGACCAACCCCGAAGUCAAUCGAGUCAUUUCAAUGACUGAGUACUUCUCGCUGACCAGGGGCGAAGGAAAGAAGCCUCUCUUUAUCGUGGAAGGGAAUGUCUACGAUGGGACGGGUUUCCUUGACGAGCAUCCAGGAGGUGCAGACUCGAUUUGGUUGGCGUCAGGCGAAGCAGACGCCACAGAAGAUUUCGUUGCCAUUCACUCCGACGAUGCGAGAACCAAGUUGAGGAAGUUCCAUAUCGGGAAACUUCAAGCUGACGGGGCCGAACAAUCGAGAGACGACUCUGGUGGACCCUCGUCUGUAUUUUUGGAUCGACGAAAAUGGAAGGCUGCCCACCUCGUCAAGAUUACCAGCGUCUCGCACGAUUCCUUCAUCUACCGUUUUGCGCUCCCAUCUCCAGAACAGCCAUUGGGAUUGCCUGUCGGUCAACACGUGUUUGUUCGAUUGCGAAGGAAGACGACUGGGGAGGUUGUCCAACGAGCGUACACUCCCGUCUCACAACAAGACGAGCACGGUCAUAUUGAUUUACUAAUCAAGUUAUACUUACCGUGUGCGGCGUUCCCGCUCGGUGGGAAGAUGACAGUCGGUUUCCACGAGCUUGUCGUUGGAGAUACUGUAGAGUUCAAAGGGCCUCUCGGUUCUUUCGUCUGGGAAGGCAAGGGAAACCUGAGAUGGAGAGGCGUCCCUCGCUCAGGAAUACGACAUCUGGGUCUCAUUUGUGGAGGAAGUGGAAUCACCCCAAUACUCCAGGUCCUUCGGAGCGUCCUGCACGACGACGAAGACUCAGAGACCCAUCUUUACCUCCUCGACGUCAACAGAACGGAGUCAGACAUAUUAUGUUGGGGAGAGCUUGACACAUGGUAUGAACUGCACGGCGAUAAAGCCCGGGAUAUCUCUAGAAGGAGACUCAAGAUACACUAUACGCUUAGUCGACCAUCACCCCAAUGGACUUUCGGUACGGGAAGGGUCAAUGAUGGGAUGCUAGAAACUCAUAUGCCUCCUCCAUCCGAUGAUGCGAUGGUCUUGGUAUGCGGCCCUGGUGGUAUGGUAGAUGACGCCGUGAAGCCUGGCUUGGAAAGACUUGGAUGGGAUGUUUCCAAAGCGCUUGUUGUGUUUUAG